AUGGCGGACUGAGAUGAACUUGCGGCGUUUAUUUUCCCGCGUUAACGCAUUAAUGACGUGAUUAACAGCAAUAAAUCAACGAAAACACCAAAGUGAUUUUUAUUCAUGCUCUGAGGACCUCGAUAGCAAUCAAAGAUGAUGCACCGACGUGGAGGCAAGAGGAUCCGCAUGGAUGAUCCUGUGCCACCAGAGUACCAGGAACCGAUGACACCAAUGACGCCAAUGACUGAUAACAUGGACACCGGGGAUAAUUAUGGGGGUUAUUCUUCCUAUCAGGCACCACAGACGCCAAUACAUACCCCGAUCCCAGACCACCUGUCGGAAACCUACAGUUCCCCCAGCACGUCCCACCACCAGUACCAGGAGCCCCUCUCGAACGAGCCCCAGUUCGAGCAGCCGAUGACCCCAGCCACCCCCAACAUGAGAAUCACCAGAAACACUCGGGCGAGAAUGCGAGGGGGUGCAGUGGCCCAGCCGAAGUACCGAGAAGUCGACACAGACUACAUUCCCUCCCAGCCACCCUCCAAGCCCCGAGGAGGCGGUGGUCGAGGUCGUGCCAAAAAAUUCAUCCUCCCUGCAACCUCUGAGGACGAGCAGAGCCUCUACUUCGUCAUAAAGAACAAUCGCAACUCCCUCACGAGCAUCGUUGACGAUUGGAUUGAGAAGUACAAGACAAAUCGUGACAAUGCUCUCCUGCUUCUGAUGCAGUUCUUCAUAAAUGCCAGUGGCUGCAAGGGAAAAAUCACUCCGGACAUGCAGGCGUCGAUGGAGCACGUGGCGAUUAUUCGUCGAAUGACUGAAGAAUUUGACGAAGAGAGUGGGGAAUAUCCUCUCAUUAUGACUGGACAACCCUGGAAAAAAUUUCGCUCAAACUUCUGUGAAUUCGUGCAGAUUCUCGUACGACAGUGCCAGUACUCCAUCAUCUACGAUCAGUUCCUCAUGGACAAUGUCAUCUCUUUACUAACAGGCUUAUCAGACUCUCAAGUUCGAGCAUUUCGUCACACAGCAACACUCGCAGCGAUGAAACUCAUGACGGCCCUGGUCGACGUGGCCCUGACAGUAUCAGUGAAUCUCGACAACACCCAGAGACAGUACGAGUCAGAGAGACAGAAGGCCAGGGAGAAGAGGGCAGCUGACAGACUGGAGUCCCUGAUGUCCAAGCGAAAGGAACUCGAGGAGAACAUGGACGAGAUAAAGAACAUGCUGACAUACAUGUUCAAAUCGGUGUUCGUUCACAGGUACAGGGACACACUCCCUGAGAUUCGAGCCAUCUGCAUGGCGGAGAUUGGCGUAUGGAUGAAGAAAUUUCAUCAGAAUUUCCUGGACGACUCCUACCUGAAGUACAUUGGCUGGACACUUCACGAUAAAGUUGGAGAGGUCAGGCUGAAAUGCCUUCAGGCACUGCAGCCACUGUACGCUUCUGAGGAGCUCAAAGCCAAACUCGAGCUUUUUACGAGUAAAUUCAAGGACAGAAUAGUGGCAAUGACCCUCGAUAAGGAGUACGACGUGGCAGUUCAGGCUGUCAAACUCGUGAUAUCAAUUCUGAAGCAUCAUCGAGAGAUUUUAACUGAUAAAGACUGUGAGCACGUCUACGAGCUUGUUUACUCGUCUCACAGGGCUGUGGCACAAGCAGCUGGUGAAUUUCUGAACGAGAGACUCUUCACGCCUGAUGAAGAGGCCGUUGCCGGGGUCAAGACGAAAAGAGGGAAGAAGAGACUGCCCAAUACUCCCCUCAUCAGGGACCUUGUUCUAUUUUUUAUCGAGUCUGAGCUGCAUGAGCAUGGAGCGUACCUCGUGGACUCACUCAUCGAGACCAAUCAGAUGAUGAAGGACUGGGAGUGCAUGACGGAUUUAUUGCUGGAGGAGGCUGGACCUGAGGAGGAGGCAUUGGACAAUCAGAAGGAGACGUCGUUGAUCGAGUUGAUGGUUUGCUGCAUCAAGCAAGCAGCUACUGGAGAGGCUCCUGUUGGUCGAGGCCCUACGAGAAAAAUUCUAUCGGCUAAAGAGCAGAAACAAGUCUCUGAUGACAAGCAGAGGCUCACUGAACACUUCAUCGUCACUCUUCCUCUUCUUCUUGAUAAGUAUCGAGCUGAUCCUGAAAAGUUGGCUAAUUUACUUGCUAUUCCUCAGUACUUCGAGCUCGAUAUCUACGUCAAGUCCAGGCAGGAGAGAAAUCUGGAGGCACUUCUCGAGAAGAUCAAGGGAAUUGUCGAGAAAAUGCAUGACACUGAUGUCUUGGAGACUGCUGCCAGGACAUUGGAGUACAUGUGUGUGGAGACUCAUGCCAAAUUCUCACAGUGUGAUACCGCCAGGAGAACUCUGAUUGAUUCAAUCGUUAAUAAGUAUAAGGAGGCCAUCGAUGAUUACAGGAAUCUCAUUGAUGGGGCUGAGACACCUGAUGAGGAUGAGAUUUUCAAUGUCGUGCAGUCGUUGAAGAAGGUCGCUAUUUUCUACAGCUGUCAUGAUAUGAAUGGCUGGGAGAUAUGGGACUCUCUGUACAAGAAUAUUGAGGAUGCCAAGGAUCCCCAGAGGAGCUUCCCUGAGGAGGCCACCAAGUACUGCAUCAGUGGGUGCUUCUUCUCCAUUCUUUGGGGGCAAAAUCAUCUGCUUGAGGCCAAUGAUCUGGGAACCAGGGGGGAGGAUGAGGCCAGGGAGCUUUACCGGUGCUUGCAUACCUUCAUGGAUGCUAUGAGGUACUUCGUUGCUGGUGAGGGCCACAGAAUGGCAGUUCCCCUUCGUGAGGAAGCAUACAACACGAUUUGCGAUCUUCUCGUGAUGUUCUGCAAUCAACUCAACAGCAAUCCCAAUCCCCUCCUUCACAGGCUUGUCUACGAGCCUGACCAGGAUAUGCAGGAUAUGUUGAACAAAUUCAUCCAGGACUACGUGUUCUUCGAUGAGGACGAGGAGGAUCACGACGAGCACUCGAAGAUUGAGGAGCUACACAAGAGGAGAAAUUUCCUAGCUAGCUACUGCAAACUCAUUGUUUACAACAUGAUACCAACUAAAUCAGCUGCUGACGUAUUCAAGCAUUACGUGAGGUACUACAAUGAUUAUGGGGACAUAAUCAAGACGACUCUGGGAAAGGCCCGGGACAUAAACAAGGUCAAUUGUGCGCUCACCAUGCAGCUAAGUCUGAAUAAACUGUAUAACGAUGUUAUUUUGGAGAAGGGAAACAGCAGAACUCUCGACGACAUCACGCCCAUCAAGGAAUUGGCGAAGAGAUUUGCACUUUCCUUUGGGCUUGAUGCUGUAAAGAAUAGGGAAGCCAUCACAGCUCUUCACAGAUCUGGGAUUCUGUUCGCUAUUACUCCACCUGAUGGGGAGGAACUGGACCCCACUGGACCACCCCCCAAUCUUCCUUAUCUGGAGAUUCUGCUGGAGUUCACGAAUAAAUUGCUGAGACAGGACAAGAAGGUGGUCCUGACGUUCUUGGAUCUCAAACUUCCUGCUGGCAUGCCCUCCUCCAGGGGUGAGGACUGGCAGCCCUUGUUGAUGUACAGGAACAGCUUGCUGCAUGGGGAGACUGAUCAGGUGCCUGUUACCAGCAAGAGGGCGUACACCAGACGUAAAAAGGAUCAAUUAAUCGAAGAAGAAGAGGCUGAGGACGCUGAUGAGGGUUCUGAUCAUGAAUUCAUGGGUAUCUACUAACUGCUUUGCCAUUUGUGUCUACGCCACGUCAUCUUCGCUCGCUUUUUCAUGCUUAUUCUUCAUUUUUUAUUUAUUAUCACUUUUUUGAAUAUUAAGUCAUGCAUUUUCAUUCAAUUAAAUUCAGUAAAAAAUCGUAAAUUGAGAUGAACCAGUUUGUUGUUUGUUUCGGGGUUUAGUUUUUGUUGAAUAACUCCAGAUUUUCUAUUACAAUACUUUGAUUUCAGUACUGCAGCGGUAAAACGGUUCAAGUCGAUUUAGGCCUCAGCUUUUUGAGGAAUAUCUCCGAAUCUAAGGGAGAUAACGAAAUUUUCGUAAUAAACUUUUUUGUGGCCCUCAUUUCGCCCUACAAAAAAGGUCUCGACAAAAAUUUUGCUAUCUCCCUUAGAUUCGGAGAUAUUUACUGAAAACUGGCCGAUAGUCAGAAUUAACUUGAACCCUUUUACUGUUUCGCUACUGAUUUUGAAUUUUACGCAAAAUCCGUAAAAUUGAAACAAUUUUCCUUGAGAUUCUACAAAAUCUUCUUGAGAUUUUCUGAAAUUCCGUAAUAUUUGUCAAUAAAAUUCAUCAAUCAUCUCGAUUUACUCAAUUCAGUAGCGAAGCGGUAAAACGGUUCAAGUUGACAGACCUUAGCUGAGUUGUCGAUGAAUAUCUCCGAAUCUAAGGGAUAUAACAAAAUUUUCGUGAUUACCUUUUUUGUGGAGCGAAUCGAGGGCGACAAAAAUGUUCUUCACAAAAAUUUCGCUAUCUCCCUUAGAUUUCGAGAUAUUCACUGAAAACUGGCCGAUAGUCAGAGUUAACUUGAACCGUUUCAUCGCUUUGCUACUGAAUUCUGUUUCAUAGUUUAACAUCUUUCAUUCAUCACAUAAUUAACAAAUAAAAAUCGAUGGCUCAGUGCAAGAGGACUUUCGUUGUUGUUAAAUCCUCGGAUAAUUGUUUCAUCCUAAUUUUAGAAGAGAGAGAGAGAGAGGAAAAAAUUGAUGAAUGAAUUUUUAAAAAUCAGAACAAUAAUUUUGCAGGAAUCGAUGAAGCCUCCUGCACCAGCCUGUCGAUAUCAGAUUCACUUGAACAAAACAUAAUGAACGAAUAAAUAUGAGAAAUAUUGUAUCCGUGGAGCAUUAGGGAUGCUAUGGGAGCUCGAAAAAUAAAAUCGCAGGCCCCUUUUUAUUCUACUCUAGAUUGUAAAGAACAUCAAAUGCUAAAAUGUAAUAAAAAGUUAAUUUUUUAUAUAUUGAUGAUGGAUAAUGAGGCUAAAAGAUAUACUUAAUGUAAAUUGGUGUUUUAAUAAUACAAAAAAUCUUUAUGAGUGAAAA